CCGAGACAUUUCCCAUUGAACCUGAAUGCAGCAUUAGGCCAAGCUGAGCUGCCGUAGUGCGUCACAUGUUGACUCGGACUGCCAGUUUAUGCAACCGAAAGCUUAAACAAUUUUAGACAGGCAAAGGCCAAAACGAACAAUUAUUAAGAAGAUUAUGAUGUUACUAUCGGUACUCUGUAGUUUGCACUGACAUGUUUUAACAUCUCCGUUUAUUGUUGGCUAAAACACAUGUGUUAAUGUUGUAUUUAUUCUGACAAGCUAAUGUAGCUAGCCUGUUUGCUAGCCAGGAAGAGUUGACAUCUCACUGUUGGCUUCAGGUUAGCUAACACAGUCAACAUAGGAGCUAAACUUAAGAGAUGCGGCUAAAGGACCCCUUCUCCUUGAAAGCCGCCGAUAUGACUAAGCGGACUAAUAAACCGAGGAAACCUCGAGAUGAGGAGUCAUCAGAUGAAGUCAGCGGGUUGACUUGCCAGCAUGUGAGUAAAGCCGUGGACCUGAGCUCAGUGAAGAAGUCGGUGCUCUCCAGCGUGUGGGUGGUGUGCUCCGAUUGCCUAAAGGAGAGGACCAUGAUCGAUGAUGAGCCAGCAGCAUCCCAUGACAUCCUUGUGUGCUUAAAGUGUGGCUUCCAGGGCUGUAACCAGUCUGGGGUCCAGCACUCUGUCAAGCACCACCAAGCUUUCCAUCCGGAGUCUCACUGCAUCACUAUCAGCCUGAGCACGUGGAAGGCCUGGUGUUAUGAAUGUAAUGAGGAGCUCUCCACUCACUGCAACAAGAAGGCUUUGGCUCAGACGCUGGACUUUUUACAAAAGCACUCCGUCAAGGCUACAUCAGGAGCAUCACCCAAAAUCAUCAAACUGCAAGAGGAUCCAUCCGAUUAUGCCGACUCACCCAAAGGCAAGAAUCCUGCCACCAACAGCACCUUGGUCCCUGUCAAAGGCAUAAACAACCUCGGGAACACCUGCUUCUUCAACGCUGUCAUGCAGAACCUGUCUCAGACACACAUGCUGAUCGACCUCAUCCAGGAAGUGAAGGAGAAAGGCUUCAAACUGAGGAUCAGCCCCACUGGUGAAACCAAUGUGGGUCCGAUGACAGUAAUGCUGCCCAGCCCGGAGCCCCUGACGGCGGCCAUGUUUCUCUUCCUCCAGAGCAUGAAGGAUCCAGGGAAAGGCCCGGUCAAUCCCAAGAUCCUUUUCAACCAGCUCUGCCAGAAGGCUCCGCGCUUCAAGGGCUACCAACAACAAGACAGCCAGGAACUUCUGCACUACCUCCUGGACUCCAUACGAGUUGAGGAAACUAAAAGGGUGAAAGCAGCAAUUCUGAAAGCAUUCAACAAUCCCACAGAGAAGACAGCAGAUGAGGAGACCAAACGCCAAGUUAAAGCGUACGGAAAGGAAGGCGUGAAGAUGAACUUUGUUGACCGCAUCUUUGUAGGGGAGCUGACAAACACGAUCAUGUGUGAAGAGUGCGAGCAUAUCUCCACAGUGAAGGAGGCUUUCAUAGACAUAUCUCUACCCAUCAUAGAGGAACGGAUGUCAAAACCAUCCAACCCCGGGAGAAUGGGGAAGAUUGGCCGGGAGCAGGAAGCCCAGGUGACUCACAGUGAACAGGUUCUGUCUGCAGGGCACUCUGUCAACAGAAACACCAAGAAGCUGGGUGCACAGAAGCAGCAGAGCAGGAGGUCUUCAAGCUCUGUGGAGGAGAAGGGAGCAUGCUGCAGUCUGGAUCGGCCGGAGGAGGAGAGCGUAGCUGCUGGCUCGGCCCGCGGGGUCUCUGUUUGCAAGAUGGCGGCCGCCGGCAGCCUGUCAGACGGCAGUGAGAGAGACUCCGGUCCUCAGGACAGCAGUAACGACGCUGACAGUGAGGCCUCAGAGAGCGAGUGGGCCCCGCGCAUCUCCACCAGCCACAGCCACGGACACAUGUCCACCCCGUCGUCCACCUCCACCCUCACUCCAUCCCCUACGCCCGCCUCAUCCACCUCCCCCUCGCCUUCUUCCUCCACAAAGCCGGGCAGCGCUGUGGAGCAGCUCGUUACCGCCGUGUCCAAAGUCAACCUCGGCUUUACCUCCGGGGACUGCUCUCCCCCCACACACUGCCCUCCAGAGGAGGACUCUAACCUCCACCAUCAGCACCACCAAGGGGCGUUCCAGGCGCUUUCCCAGAGUUACACGCCCAGCUCCAAAGAGUGCUCCAUCCAGUCCUGCCUCCACCAGUUCACCUCCGUGGAGCUGCUGAUGGGCAACAACAAGCUGCUGUGCGAGAGCUGCACCGAGCGCAGACACAAGCAGCUGCGCAAGAGCAGCUCCACCGACAAGAAGAUGGAGAAGAUUUACACCAGUGCUAGGAAGCAAAUGCUCAUAUCCUCGCUGCCUCCUGUCAUCACGUUACAUCUUAAACGCUUCCAUCAGGCGGGAAUGAACUUGAGAAAAGUGAACCGCCAUGUCGAUUUCCCCCUGAUCCUGGACCUGGCUCCAUUCUGCUCGGCGUCCUGCAAGAGCCUGGCAGCCGGUGAGCGUGUCCUCUACAGUUUGUAUGGGAUUGUGGAACACAGCGGAUCAAUGCGGGGGGGCCACUACACUGCUUAUGUAAAGGUGCGCGCUCCCCAGAGGAAAAUGGAAGCGCACCACAGGAACCUGUCAGGUGCUAGGGAUGCCGGCAGCAGCUUUCAGGGCCAGUGGGUGUACAUCAGCGAUACCACCGUUCAGACGGUACCAGAGUCAAGGGUACUCAACUCUCAGGCAUACCUGCUCUUCUAUGAGGAACUGCUGUAAUGUAACUUGCUAAAAAGUACUUUUCCCUAGAUCUCCUUUUGUUUUUGGUUACACGCCUGUAAAACUCUUCAAACUGUAUCUGUGAGAAGCUGGACGAAAGAAAAGGGACUUUACACUUACUCGUCUUAGUUGAGAGGAAUGACUGUCUCAAAUGAAAUCGCACCUCUUAAUAUCUUACAUAUAUAUAAAAGAUAAACAUCAUAUGUUAAAGUGAUUAUUUUCUUAUUUUCAUUCAUGUUUCUUACCCUUUAAAGAAAGGUCAGAGGGAAAGACUGUGACUGAGCCUGAGCUGUUCUAAGUUUAUCGUCUAUUACUGUCACAAUCUCGUGCCAGACGUAUUCACUGCAAACAGGAGCUUUUUUUACACUUCUCAAACAGGAAAUAAGCAGAAUUAUCACAUGCCAAACUGCAAUCAGCACUGAGUAAUGGAUGGUAAGUGUGUGUGAUGAGUGAAUGAGUGAGUAAGAGACAGGAGAAUGUAGGUUUAAGGUGCAAUGUGUAUCAUUUCAUUAACCAUCACUAUGGUAACUGUAAAUUAGCAUUAUUAAUAGUGAAAUUACCAAACAAUGGUCAAGAAGAAGAGGAGCAUGUUUAAAAGAAUCAUACAGAACAAAUAUGUUUUAUUGCAUUGCUCAGAUUUAUCACGAUAUAUAAGGGGGGUUGUUGGCCAAAAAACAUCAGAUAUUUUAAAUGAAUAUUGUACAUUUUGUUAAAAGAACUUUGAAAUUCUCUGAGAUUCAUGUAGUCAAAUUAAGACAAAAACACUUUUACAUUCUCUGAGUUAAAGUAGUAAAAGUAGGGCUGGGCGGUAUCACAAAUAACUCAUAUCACGGUACUUUCCCAACAUAUAACGGUAUCACAGUAUUUAUUUCUUUUUCAAUGAUUGGAAAUGUAUUUACAUUUAUACGUUUUGGCCACACAAAAAACACCGGAUCAGUGUUGACCCUCAUGAUUCUGGUGUGGUGAAGGAAUCAGAAUGCAUGAAACAACUGCAAAAUGUUAACCAUUUUAUUGUGCAAACCACAUAACAAAAGCACUGUUUAAUGUAAACAAAUCCCCCAGUCCCUGAAACUGGGCUUUUAAAUACUUAUUUUAUGAUUUAUGAUUGACCUUCAAACUUCUGUUCAGAGUAAAGGUGACUCCUUUCACUGCCACACCGCUCGAGCGCCCUUCUUCUUUUUCUACGGUAUUGCGGGACAUGGAAAAUCAAUAUCAUAUGGAUUAAAGUUCACGAUAUUUUGUAUGAAACGGUAUGCCGCCCAGCCCUAGGUAAAAGUUCACAAAUGUACAAGAAAUGUAGAUUAAAAUAAAGAAAUGAACCAGAGAAGUAAAGUCAUGGCUUGAUUUUAAAAUAUUGGAUCAAGCUUGUCUCGGCACAGACAGUAAAUAGUGAGAGUUUUCUGCAGUAUGGAACACGGAGACAUUCUUCAUUAAUCCAUCAUGUUUUAUUUCCUGAUGCUUAAAAGCUAAUGGCUCAUCCAAACCAGUGUGUUGUUUUCUUCUUCCCAACUCCCAACAAUGUCUCUUCGUGUUCUCAUGAUAAUAUGGUGAUUCUGGGCUAAAAUCUCAAGUAUUUCCUUAUUGCUAAAUCCUAUUAUUUGAGUAAGUCAACUUCUGCAGGCAUAGAACACGGCAAGCUGCGUCUGUGGUGGGAUACGGUGAUUCUUAAAUUAUUUUGGGUGAAUUUGUGAAUUGAAACUCAGACAAUCUCCAGUAUUUUUAUCAUAAAUGUGUGAUUUUUUUUUUCUUUCUGGUAAUUAUAUCAUUUAGAAUUAUAGUUUUUCUCUGAAUAUUACACAUCCCCUUGCUCUGUGUAUGUAUUUUUUAUUUUUUUAUUUUACAAUGGCCCUAUUGCGCCAUUGUACAGAAUUGUUCAGAUGUGUUCUUGAUUGUUUUUGGCAGAAAUGUAAGAAGUGUCAAGAGGAAAAACUUGGUUCAGACAUUUUUUCUUUUCAUUACAGAGACUGAGACUGGGGCAGAGGACAGGAAGCUAUAUCAUUUGUGACAGAGUUUAUGUCAAAUAAAUGCCUACAUUUAAGAAACUUAAACCUAAUAAUACAGCCAGAAAAUGGCUACUACUAAUAACCAGAUUAUACAAGUUUACAUCAACAUAGUGGUUUAAAAUGUUACACAUAGCACCUUUUUAAAGAACAGUACACGUUAUUUUACAGCCUCAUUUUAAAGGAUUGUUUUUUGUUUUUUUUUACAUGAGAAUGUAAAAAUGUAAGACUAUCAGUGGAUUACAUUUGCCAAAGACAAGUUUUGCGACUGGGAGUCGGAGCUGACACGAGGACUUUCGCUUUCUUUAACGUUAGUUAAUCCAAGGCCGCUGGUGUGGUCCUUGAGUGUUGCACAAAAAAACAUACACACUCAAUGUUUGUCAGACCAACCGAGUAACUUGUGUGCCUUCAUUGUACGGUACUUCUACUGUGUAGGCGCACUCACAAACUUUUUAGGUUCAACAAAAACGCAGUGACUAUCCUGAAUACUAUCACAAAAAUAACCAUACAAACAAAACAGUCAAGACUUAACUAUAAAAACAUCUUUGCUGUAAUGUGCAUGGGUUAAUGUUCUAAAUGAAUGUAUUCUUGAAGUGUUUGUCAAAUGAGCUGUUCAUCUUUUUCUAUGGAAAUAUUGGAAAUGAAAAGGGUUGUUCAUCAGGAUCUCAUUUUUACUUUUGAAAAACUAGGACAAACUCAGUGCCUGUGCUUCAGGUUAAAGAAACUCAUGCAUGGUGAGAAGACGAACAUUUGCAUUAUGAAACGCAGAGGGAUAUUUAUGUACAGUGUAACUGUAAGCAAAAAUAAUAAGGAGGUUUAUGUAGUUGUACAUACUAAGAACAAUACAGAACCAUGGUGCUUUAGCCGUGUAGGGUUUUUCCUCAACACAAAGUUUUGUUUCCAUUUAAUUUCAGUUAUGAAACAUUUGGAAUGAGUACAACAACAUACUGUAUCAAAAUAAAUCUAAUUUAUCAACUGGA